AUGGUCCGACUCCGGCCCCCGUCCCCACGACCGAGAAGAAGGAGCAGGAUCAGACUUCAGAACGCCUGGACGUCCCCUGUGUCAGCACACGUGUCCCAUGAUGCUGCUCUGGGCCGUGUGCUGCGUGCUGCUUGUGACAUGCACAUUGGCCGGUCCUGCAGGAAGCGGCUCUCGUUUGAAAACCGCAACAACUCAUUCUCUCCAAUCAGCAGCGACUUGAGAAGAGACAAUGUGAUGUUGGCGGACCACAACGCUGAGCUGAAGGAGAGGAACCGGCUUCUUAACCAGACUUUGGUCCAAUGCAUUUCUCAGGAUCUCGCCGCAACAUUGGAACGUGCCGAGCUAAUGAAGGAGAUUGAAAGUUUGACGUUGACAAAUGUGAAUCUGACGGACGAAUGCCGGUGGUGGAGUCAUUACAAAGAGGAACACGUGGAAAUGGAGGCUAAACUACUGUCUGUGGAGGAGGAUUUGCACUCACUGAACCACUACUGCCCCGUGGUCAACCAGAACACACACGAGCGAGUGUGUAAGAUGUGUGCAGAGGGAUGGACCAUGUUCCAGACCAAGUGCUACUACUUCUCGUCUCGGGCUCUUCCCUGGACCUCGAGUCGGACCUGGUGCCAGAGCCACGGUGCAGAUCUGCUCGUCAUCAUCACAGAGGAAGAGCAGGUAUUUCAACGCUCCCUGUAG